AAACACUGAGAAUGGAAAGUAUGAAGGAGAAAAUGCUUGCCAAAAUGGGUCAAAGGAUCCAGGUCGAUAAAGCAGCAGAAGAAGCUAAGCAGGAAGAGAUCAAGAAGAAGAAAGCUGAAGAGCUUGCAAAGAAAAAGAAGGGAUUGAGACUCAAAAAGCAAAAACAGAAAGAGGCUGAAAAAUUAGUCCAAGCUGAACAAAAGGUUAAAUCUGCGAAGGAAGCUCUUGUGUUCUCUCUCAUUCUGUUGAUCGAGUACCAGGGAGAAAAGAUUUUGAGAAGACAUUGGCCUAUUAUUUAUAACAUUAUUGAUCAAUCCCAGCUAGGUGAGAUAUUCGAAGAAAGAGAUGCCAACGACAGAUGUUCAAAUCUUCCUUGUUAUAGAGCCUUAUCCAACCGAGGAGCUUCCCAAGGCCAGCUGCUUGACCUAUUCGAGCAGGAGAAAGAGAAAAAGAAAGGAUAUUUUAAUGAGAAGGCUACUGAAGAACUUCUUAAUUUGUUCUUUUGCUCUCCAAAAUGUAAGAACCAGGCUAGGGAGGACAUAGAAAAGGUGAAUCGGGAUUUGGACAGCUACCACUUCAAGGGUAUUUCUAGCUUUAAGUUCUUGGCAAAGUACCCUGCGUCUAAUGUCAAGUUGCUUGAGUACUAUGAUGCAAUGGCUGAAUUCAAAGCUCUAUGUGAGAAAGUCAGGAAUUUACCUACUGAAAUUGAAACAAGCUUCAAACAAUUGGUCAAAGAAGAAUCAAGCCUUGACCCAGAGACCCAGUCGAGUAGCACCUUGGUCGAGGAAGAGAAGAAGCAAGAUGGCUCUCCCUUCAUCGUUGAGAAGCAGUUCACCCAAAAAGAGCAGGAAGAUAUACUUGACAAAAAGAUUUCUCAUGAAGAGGUUAUUGAGGGGUAUGUUCCGAAGGAGCAGCCUCAGAAGUCCAUCCUGAAGCGGAGGAACAAUGGGAGUUUUACUUUGAAAGAGCCUCAAAGCAAGGUGAAAUUUGACGAUGAUGAUUCUACAGACCAGGAAGAAGAUACUGAAAUCAGUGAAGACUCUUCUGAGGAAGAUCCUCAUGAAGUCCUUGCUGACAUUGGUACUGAGCUUCAAGUCUCCAGUUAUACCAAGCUAAGCAUGCUCUUUAUUUCUGCUUGUGACAAGAACAGGCUUAGUGAAUUUGUCAGAUAUCCGAAGCUUGAAAUCCAGAACCCAGACUUUGAUAAGCUUGAUAUACUUUGUGAGAGGCUAAGGAAGGAGUUCAACCUUCUUGUUGACUCUAAGAUCGAAGAACAAACAAGGAUCUCUCUUUGGAACGAGAUUAGGAGACUUCUUUCCUCCUUGAACUAUUACUACUCUUCUAUACCAAGCUUGAAUGCAAAGGAGAGUAAGAUGAUGAUCUACUGCCUUGUGAAGUUUAUUCAAGACCAUAAGCUUGUCACUGAUGUUCAAGACUGGGUCGCCAGCCUCAACAGUGGCGACUGUGAAGAAGCACUUUGUAGUUACUUCACACUGUAAAAUGAAGGUUUUACUAUAUGGAAUUAAUUUGAAUAUCCCUCUGUCAAUUUU